UAUUAUUGUACUAUGUUGAAUGUAUAAUAAAAUGAUAUAAAUUAUAAUAUCCAGAUUUCAUAGUUUCGGAGUACAAUAGUACAUAUUACAGUAUUACAGAAUAAUAAAUAAAAUAAUAAAUAGUAAUAAUUUACUUUGGUUUUUAUUUAUUUAUUUCUUAACCACCUUCACGAAAGUUAGAUUUAACAAUUAAUAGAUAAUUCGUUACAUUAACAAUCGACAGAGGAGGAUUGAAUACUAAUCACACAAGAUUCGUUUAAUUCGUUUACUUGACUGAUUUGUUAUUGAAAAAAUGUCUCACCAGACAGGAAUCAAAGCAAAUGACACUCUAAAAAAGUUCUUUAGCAAAGCAACAUCAGACAAGAGCAUUCGGGCUAUUAAAGUUUCUAUUGUAGACGAGGAACUUUCUCUGUCUGCUCAUGAAAAACAUCACAAAUCAUGGAAAGAUGAUUUUGAAAAAGUAGUAAAACAAUUUAUACUACCAGAAGUACCAUGCUAUGUAUUAUAUAGAUUUGAUGUAAAAAGUGACACCAAAAAUUAUGAUUGGUUACUUAUAAGCUGGUGUCCUGAUGUAGCACCUAUUCGGCAAAAGAUGUUGUAUGCAUCUACAAAAGCUACACUCAAACAAGAAUUUGGCAGUGCUAAAAUUAAAGAAGAACUUCAUGGAACUAGCAUGAAUGAUGUUACUCUUGAUGGAUUAGAACAAAGUCGAUUGUCACAAAAAGCACCAGCUCCUUUAACUAUUCGUGAAGAAGAAAUCGCUGAACUUCGAAAAGCAGAGGUUGGACAUAGUACAUCAGUGUCUGUAGAUAGUCGAUCACAAGCAGUAUCCGGUAUCAAGUUCCCUAUGUCUGUUGCUGCUGUAACUGCACUUUCUAUAUUUGUGGAUAGUAGUGAAAUAAACUAUGUACAGUUUUACAUUGAUAUGACAAAAGAGAGUAUUGAAUUAGCUACUUCAGACAACAUAUCUGUGAGCCUUCUCAAUGAUCAAGUUCCUAAAAAUGAUGCUCGGUAUCAUCUUUAUAUGUACCAACAUAAAAGAAAUGGUACCCAAACAAAUUCUGUUUUUUUCAUUUACUCAAUGCCAGGAUACUCAUGUCCUAUAAAAGUGAGAAUGUUGUACUCCAGUUGCAAAUCACCAUUUAUAGAAGAAUUAGAAAACUUAUAUAAAUUAAAAAUUCAUAAAAAAUUGGAAAUAGAUAAUGAUGAUGUCAUUAAUGAGAAAUAUCUAUUAGAUGAACUAUACCCAGAAAAAGAAUCUGAUAAACCAAAAUUCAGUAAACCUAAAGCUCCAGGACGAGGUGUUCGAAGAAUAAUAAAGUCUAAUGAAUAAGUAUUAAUUUUAUUAAAUUAUUAAUCAUCUAAUUAAUGUUGAAACAAAUAACGUUGUACAAUUUAUUAUUUUUUUUCUUUAUAAGAAAUGUCUGUUUGGUCUUCCAUUUUAUUUUAUUAAAUUGUAUUAUCUAUUUAUUUUUUAAAACAGUUAUUGAGUAUUAAUUUUAAUAGUGUAUUGAUUGUUUUAUUUUUCAUAAAUUUUUAAUUAAUAAAUUUCUUAUUUUUUGUGUUCUUC